UUAAUUCGUGUAAGCAGCAGCAAGCUGUUUAUUUUGACACCGGACACAGUUGGCCUUUGAGGAGGAGGUAGUGAUUUUCACCCUGGGUUUGGUGUUUCAGGCAACACUUCCGGUCAAGGAACGCCUCCUCGUUUGCAAACUAAAGCUCGUUUGCAAACUAAAACUAAAGCCGGAUCAUUACCCAAAGUCGUUGGUUCAACAUUCACCCCGACAGUCUAUAAUAUGGACAUUUGGUUGAAGCGACAGCAGCGUCAGACAAGAAAACCUGACAGACUAAAUCCAGGAAAUUAAAUUGAAUAAAUAAGCUGUCCGUCCUGUCCACUCAACACAAAACUGAUCUCCAAUCCGUCGCUGUGUUGCUUUACAUGACUUCGUAUCAUUGAUAUAUACAGCAACUAACUGUGAAACCGAUUGAAGAUCAGGUAAAGGGAUGCUGCCCGAAGCUGGUGGUGUAACAGCUAAAUAUGUCCCGAAGUAAAUAAUGCGGAACCUUCAUGCGUCGUCAAUUAAUGCUCUACGGACAAAAAAUAGCGUUACAACAAACGGUGAAAAGUGUCGCUACAGUGCACUUUCUUCUUUAAUCACCUCAGUAAUUUCGGCGUUCAUUCAAUAAAAACGCUCGGAUUAGUCAUGCACAGGUAACUUGUCGUGUUUCAGUUUUUGAUUCUCACAUUAUUAUUUCGGAGGCGUUUUGGACAAUAGUUAUCAUGGGAGUGCAUGGACUCUGGAGGCUGCUGGAGAGUACAGGGAAACCCAUCAACCCCGAGACUCUGGAGGGAAAGAUCCUGGCCGUUGACAUCAGCAUAUGGCUGAACCAGGCAGUGAAGGGUGUGAGGGACCGCGACGGCAACAGUGUCCAGAACGCCCACCUCCUCACCCUCUUCCACCGCCUCUGUAAGCUGCUCUUCUUCCGCAUCAGGCCGAUCUUCGUGUUUGAUGGGGACGCACCGCUGCUGAAGAAACAGACUCUGGCUGUGAGGAGGCAGAGGAAAGAGGAGUUGACCCGGGAGUCCAAACAGACCAAUGAGAAGCUUCUGAAGACAUUCCUGAAGAGACAGGCUAUCAAAGCUGCACUUGGGGACCGCAGUAAGGAUCCUCUACCCAGCCUCUCCACUGUGAGGAGAGAUGAGGUUGACGACAUUUAUGUUCUACCAGCCCUGCCAGCUGCAGAGGAGAAGGACAAAAGCAGUUCAGAGGAGGAGGAAGAGAAAGAGUUGGAGGAGACGGAUGAUGGUUAUCACAUGUAUCAGGGAGAAUUGUAUGAAGACCCCAACUCAGUGGACAUCAACUCAGAGGAGUUUGCCAGCCUGCCUCCUGAAAUGAAACAUGAGAUACUCAAAGACAUGAAAGAGUUUUCCAAAAGACGCCGGACCAUGUACCACAAACCCCCAGAGCGUUCAGGAGACUUCUCACAGUACCAGUUGGCCGGCCUGCUGCAGAGGAACCAGCUGAACCAGCGUCUGCAUGGUGUGGAGAAAGAGAUGAGCCAGCGGAGCGCCGGCAGCGCGCCACAGCUCUGCCAACAGGACGGGGACGAGCAGACUCGCAGCGUAGAGACACACCGGCUGGUCUCAGAGGACUAUUCCCACUAUAUCCUUAUUAAAGGCUCCAAAAAGAGCGAGGCUGCCCCCGAGAGCCGACCGGCAGCGGCAGCCUGGUCCGGGAUCUCCUUUGCAGGCGGCACCAGACGAGCACCAGACAGACCUGAGCCCCUGUGGCGUCCUGCUUGUGAGGAAAAGGCAGAAGUGGCGGGUCCCUCCUCAGAAGACUCCAAACCUUCUGUGUCAAAACCGAAUCAGGGAGACACUUCACCACCCUCGCCUCGUACACUCAAUGCGAUCCGGGCUGCGAUGAACGACAGCUCAGAGGAGGAGACGGUGGACCAGGAAAAGAAGGAUGGUAGCGCGUCUCCUCGUACCCUGCUGGCAAUCCAACGAGCUCUAGCCGAGGAAGACGACGACGACGACGAUGACGGCGCUGCUGAACACAGGACUCUAAUCAGCAGCUCACCCACCAAAAUACGGGCCAAUAUUCCCCGUCCUGUGCCACAAGUGGUCGUCAGCAGCUCGGAGGAAGAGGGAGAACCUGAUGGUGUGAACUCUAUGCCUCAUGAAAAAUCAGAUUUUAAGGGGAACCAAAGUUUACACGUGAAAGAUGUUUUGUUCGCUGGGAGUUCUGAAGGUGAGACGGAGGCCAUGAUUGGUCAGAGAAAUGAAGCUCUUCGCUUUGCGGCGCUGCAGAAACCUCACGAGAGAGAGAUGGAGUCAGAAAAGGAGACAAAGAGAAGACAGUUGACAGAGGACGUAAGGCUGGGAAGUAGAGGACAGAUGGAGAAAGAAGAAGAGCUGAUCACAGAGUUAGGUGCAGCUGCUUUCAAUCAAAACACAUUACCCACCAAUCUCUCUGCUCAGCUAUGUGGGAAACCUCCCAGUGAAGAGACUAAAAUGCAUCCUGCGCCAUUAAAGCAGAGGAGUAACGAGGUGAUUGAAGCUCUGGAGGAGAGGACCGGAGAAGAUAUGAAGUCGGAGGGCAGCGAGGAGAGCGAGUCAGAAGAGAGCUUCGUCGAGGUGUCGGACAAAGAAUUUAAAGAGGAGAGUGCAGAGGAUACACUUGUGAUGGUUGGAAAGAAAGGAUCUCCAGGUGAGGGCCGUAAAGAUGAGACCAAGCAGGAAGAAAAACCAGAGGAAGGCUUGAAAAAGCUUCCCGGCAGUCCAGCUGCUGAUUCUUUAGAGGAGGAAGAAGAAGAAGACAAAAAGAGACAGACUGAGGAGACAGAGUUAAAGGAUGGAAUAGAGACGGAGUUCAGCACAACUCCAGCAAUAAAUGAAUGGGAACACUUGGACAUGGAUGAGCUGGAGGCUCUGGAGAGCUCUCUGCAGGUGGAGCAGAGCAGCCUGACGGAGCUGAAACAGCAGCAGGAGAGGAUGGCGAACACCGUCACUGGGCAGAUGCACCUGGAGAGCCAGGAGCUGCUGCGACUGUUUGGUGUGCCGUUCCUGGUGGCGCCGAUGGAGGCCGAGGCUCAGUGUGCAGCACUCGACCGCACCGACCACACACACGGGACCAUCACGGACGACUCCGACGUGUGGCUGUUUGGAGGGAGACACGUCUACAGGAACUUCUUCAGCCAGAACAAAUAUGUUGAACACUACCAGUACAGUGACCUGCAGAACCAGCUGGGUCUGGACAGGACUAAACUGAUAAACCUGGCUUACCUGCUGGGAAGUGACUACACAGAAGGCGUGCCGGGGGUUGGAUACGUGACCGGCAUGGAGAUACUGAAUGAGUUCCCCGGGUCAGGCCUGGAGCCACUCACACAGUUCAGUGAAUGGUGGUCAGAGGUUCAAGAUAAAAAGCGGCUGGUGGCUGAUCCUCGGGAUACGAAGGUUAAGAAAAAAUUAAGAGACGUGAAACUGUAUCCUGGGUUCCCCAACCCUGCAGUUGCUCAGGCUUACCUGCAACCUGCCGUGGACCAGUCGGACAACUUCUUCAGCUGGGGACGCCCACAACUCGACAUGAUCAAAGAAUUCUGUCUGAGUCGUUUUGGCUGGAGCAGUCGGAGGACAGAGGAGACCCUUCAGCCUGUGAUCAAGCAGCUCAGCACCCAGCAGACUCAGCUGCGGAUCGACUCAUUCUUCCGCAUGGAGCAACAGGAAAAGCAGGCGAUUCGCAGCCAGCGACUGCGCAGAGCCGUCACCUGCUUGAAGAGGAAGGAGAGAAAAGGAGGAGAGGAAGAGGAGGACAGUGAUGAGGAAAGUCCAUCCCCAUCCAAAACUAAGAAAGGAAAGGCAGCAAGCAAGAGUCUGAAGAAAGGAGGAGGAGGAGGAGGAGGAAAGGGAGAAGGAGAAGAGAAGACGUCUGUGGCAGGAGGAGGGUUUCUGGGGUCGGAGGUGAUUGUUGAGUCUCCUCUUCCAUCUCUGAAGGAUGUGAGCAGCACCAACCAGGAGUCUGUCUCGGUAAAGGCCGUCCCCCAGCCCACUAAGGCUGUACCUCGGUGGGCCAGGAGGAGCAGCAGCUCCAGUGAAGACAGCGACCGUGGUGGGGAAGUUGCCAUGGUUACAGCCCGAUCUGUCUUCGAAGGCAGCCGACGAGGCCGUGGAGCGAAAAGCACGAGAGGGAGAGGAAGCAAGAGAGGAAAGGGACGGGGGAAGAAGCUGUGACUGAACUACAAACAG